ACAGUCAGAGUUGUCAGUGAAGCUUAACAGACAGCUGGAGAGAUGCUUGAGGAACUCCAAGUGCAUUGAUACCGAGUCCCUGUGUGUGGUUUCUGGAGAAAAGGUGUGGCAGAUCAGAGUGGACGUUCACAUGUUGAAUCACGACGGGAACCUGAUGGACGCGGCCAGCAUCGCUGCCAUCACCGCUCUGUGCCACUUCAAGCGUCCUGACGUCGGCAUCCAGGGAGAUGAAGUCACUGUGUACAGUCCAGAAGAGAGGGACCCCAUUCCUCUGAGUGUCUACCACAUGCCCAUCAGCGUCAGCUUCUCCUUCUUCCAACAAGGGUAAGGCACCGAAUAUGAAUUCA